AUUUUCCAAAGAGUUGAAGUGGACCGGUAGAGCUACGGUACAGCUGAGAGUAGCCAUGCAGAAGGGCUCUGUUAUCUGUUUUCUACAUUAAAUAAGUUUUAAUCAACAGAUUUGAAUAGCUCCAUGAAAACAAGCUAUUUUGAAAAUGUCAAAUUCUGUUGUCCUUCGUCGUUUUCGAACACUUGGUGAAGACAAUAAGACAUUUGAGUCGGAGUACCUAGAUAUUGGUGGUUCGAGUCAAAAAAAUGUCUACACAGUAAAUGGAAAUCUAGUUUCAAAAACUGACAAUAACAAUGAAAAGAUAUCAGCACAGAAAAAAGAAGAUAGCAUUAAGAUUGGAUUUUUUGAGCUGUUUAGGUUUGCUUCCUGCUAUGAAAUCAUUCUGAUGGUGUUUGGUGGCCUCUGUGCUCUGGUCCAUGGAGCAGCCCAGCCAGCUGUGUUAUUGGUGUUUGGUUUGUUGACAGACACAUUCAUUGCAUACGACAUAGAAUUGCAAGAAUUAAGUGACCCAGACAAAAUCUGCAUAAAUAAUACCAUCACUUGGGCCAAUGGGUCAGAAUACCAAAAUCAAAAUAAUGAGACGCUGUCCUGUGGGAUCUUAGACAUUGAAAAAGAAAUGACCAUGUUUGCUUUUUAUUACAUUGGAAUAGGAUUCGCUGUGUUAUUGUUGGGUUACUUUCAAAUAUGUUUCUGGGUCACAGCAGCUGCACGUCAGAUUCAAAAAAUCAGAAAAGCUUACUUUCGACAGAUAAUGAGGAUGGAGAUUGGUUGGUUUGACUGUAAUUCUAUUGGAGAAUUGAACACAAGGAUGUCAGAUGACAUUAAUAAAAUUAAUGAUGCUAUCGCUGAUCAAGUUGGGAUUUUCAUUCAACGUUUUUCAACUUUUGUCACUGGAUUUCUCCUUGGAUUUGUCAGUGGUUGGAAACUUACACUGGUUAUCAUUGCUGUCAGUCCUCUGAUUGGUCUCGGAGCUGCUCUCAUGGCAUUGGCUGUCUCAAAACUGACUGGUCUUGGAUUAAAAGCUUAUGCUAAAGCUGGUGCUGUAGCAGAUGAAGUGCUUUCGUCCAUAAGAACAGUGGCUGCAUUCAGUGGUGAGAGGAAAGAGGUGGAAAGAUAUGACAAAAACUUGGUCUUUGCUCAACGCUGGGGCAUUAGGAAAGGGAUGAUCAUGGGAUUUUUCACGGGCUACGUAUGGAUGAUAAUCUUCUGCUGCUAUGCUCUAGCAUUCUGGUAUGGAUCUCAGUUGGUUAUAGAACAGAAUGAAUAUACUCCUGGAGGUCUUUUACAGGUGUUCCUGGGGGUCCUGGUAGCCGCUAUGAAUCUUGGUCAAGCUUCACCUUGUUUGGAAGCUUUUGCUUCUGGCCGUGGUGCUGCUGUAAAAAUAUUUGAAACUAUAGACCAGAAACCUGAGAUUGACUGCAUGUCAGAGGAAGGAUACAAGCUGCAUAAAGUGAAAGGUGAUAUUGAAUUCCACAAUGUGACUUUCAAUUAUCCCUCCAGGCCAGAAGUAAAGAUUCUUGAUCGACUUAGUAUGGUUAUUAAAGCAGGUGAAACAACAGCAUUUGUUGGACCAAGUGGAUCUGGUAAAAGCACAGCAGUGGAGCUAAUUCAGAGAUUCUAUGAUCCUAAACAAGGAAUGGUCACUCUGGAUGGUCAUGAUAUCCGCUCUCUAAAUAUUCAGUGGCUGCGUUCUUUGAUUGGGAUUGUUGAACAGGAGCCUGUCUUGUUUGCCACGACCAUCGAGGAGAAUAUUCGAUAUGGUCGAGACGGUUUGACAAAGGAUGAGAUUAUCAGAGCAGCCAAGGAAGCCAAUGCUUAUAAUUUCAUUAUGGAUCUGCCAGAGAAAUUUAACACUCUCGUAGGAAAAGGUGGAGGACAAAUGAGUGGAGGACAAAAGCAACGUAUUGCCAUUGCUCGAGCUCUUGUGAGAAAUCCAAAAAUUCUGCUACUGGAUAUGGCAACAUCAGCACUGGACAAUGAGAGUGAGGCUAUCGUUCAAAAAGCACUUGACAAGGUUCGAUUGGGUCGAACAACUAUCUCUAUUGCUCAUCGACUGUCCACAAUAAGAAAUGUUGAUGUGAUCAUUGGCUUUGAACAUGGAAGAGCUGUAGAAAGGGGAAAACAUGCAGAAUUGCUUGAGAGAAAAGGGGUUUAUUUCACUUUAGUAACCCUACAAACUCAGGGAGACCAAGCUCUCCAUGAAAAGGCAAGACAAACAAGUUCUACAAAUGAAGAAGGAACAAGUGAAAAGCAGCAAUUCAUCAGGCAUGGGAGUACUCGUGCAAGCUUACGAUCCUCGAUUCGUCAGCGUUCCAGAUCUCAGGUAUCAAAUGUACUUUCUGAUCUGUCUGUGCCCGGAGACGUUGCUUCAGUUAUCCGACGUCAUUCUGGAUAUCUUAAGGAUGAAGACGAGGUUACAGAGGAAGAGGAAGAAAACUUAGAGCCAGCACCAGUAACUAGAAUUCUAAAAUAUAAUGUUGCCGAAUGGCCAUACAUGUUGUUUGGUUCAUUUGGUGCUGCUGUUAAUGGUGGAGUCAAUCCAGUCUAUGCACUGCUGUUCAGUCAGAUUCUUGGGACAUUUUCGCUGCAAAAUGAAGAAGAAAAAAGAAAUCAAAUCAACUCAAUAUGCUUGUUUUUUGUUUUUGUUGGACUUAUAUCACUCAUGACGCAGUUCCUUCAGGGUUACUUUUUUGCCAAAUCUGGUGAAUUGCUGACACGGAGAUUGAGGAAAUUAGGUUUCCAGGCCAUGUUAGGACAAGAAAUUGGUUGGUUUGAUGAUCGGAAGAACAGUCCUGGAACAUUAACAACAAGGCUUGCUACAGAUGCGUCACAGGUUCAAGGGGCUACUGGAACUCAGAUUGGAAUGAUAGUGAAUUCUCUCACCAACAUAGGAGUGUCAUUGAUCAUUGCUUUCUACUUUAGCUGGAAGCUAACAUUAGUUAUACUCUGUUUUCUGCCCUUUCUGGCACUCUCUGGUGCUCUGCAAGCUAAAAUGUUAACAGGAUUUGCAAAUCAGGACAAAGAAGCCCUUGAAGUUGCUGGCCAGAUAUCUAGUGAAGCCCUGAGUAACAUUCGAACCAUAGCUGGUCUAACAAAAGAGAAAAUGUUUGUGCAAUUGUACGAGAUGCAGCUUGAAGCCCCUUAUAGAGCUGCAAUUAAAAAAGCUAAUGUUUAUGGUUUGUGCUUUGGUUUUGCUCAAUCUGUAAUCUUCUUGGCCAAUGCUGCAUCAUACAGAUUUGGUGGUCAUUUGGUUGUUGCCGAGAGCCUUCACUUCAGCAUCGUAUUCAGAGUGAUUUCUGCCAUAGUAACAAGUGGUACAGCACUGGGAAGAGCAUCUUCAUAUACUCCAGACUAUGCAAAAGCAAAAAUAGCCGCAGCACGCUUUUUCCAACUGAUUGAUCGUGUACCAGAAAUCAAUGUCUACAGCGAUGAAGGAGAAAAAUGGAACAAUUUUAAAGGAGAAAUUAAAUUCAUUGACUGCAAAUUUACAUAUCCAAAUCGGCCAGACUUCCAAGUCCUAAAUGGCCUUUCAGUUUCAGUGAGGCCUGGCCAGACACUUGCCUUCGUUGGCAGUAGUGGAUGUGGAAAAAGCACAAGUGUGCAAUUGCUUGAACGAUUUUACGAUCCUAACCAGGGACAACUGUUAAUUGAUGGUCGUAACACAGGGACCAUAAACAUUGCCUUCUUAAGAUCUAAAAUUGGAAUCGUAUCCCAGGAACCUGUGCUUUUUGACUGCAGUGUUGCGGAGAAUAUUAAAUAUGGUGACAACAGCCGUCAAGUUAGUAUGGACGAAGUAAUCGUAGCUGCAAAGAAAGCUCAGCUCCAUGAUUUUGUGAUGUCAUUACCAGAUAAAUAUGAUACCUCUGUGGGUGCCCAAGGUUCUCAAUUAUCCCGUGGACAGAAACAGCGUAUUGCUAUAGCUCGUGCCAUUGUCCGGGAUCCAAAAAUUCUUCUCCUGGAUGAAGCAACAUCUGCACUAGAUACAGAAAGUGAAAAGAUUGUCCAGGCUGCUUUAGAUGAAGCAAGAAAAGGAAGAACUUGUAUUGUGAUAGCACAUCGUCUGUCAACCAUUCAGAACUCAGAUAUCAUCGCUGUCAUGUCUCGAGGAAUACUUAUUGAACAGGGAACUCAUGAGGAACUAAUGGCCAUGAAAGGAGCUUAUUAUAAACUUGUCACAACUGGUGCUCCUAUCAGCUGAAUAGCUUCAAAUCAAAUUCACGCUAUUUGUUAAAUAACUUGCUUACUCAAUGCCCUUUCAAAUCUUGUUAGCUACUCCAGUUUUCUUCUUCAUACAGUCCAUGGAUUUAAAUACAGCAACAUUUAAGAAAAAAAUGUAUGUAUAUUUUUAUGCCUGCUUGUCUGCUUGUUCCAAGUAGAAUUUCUUAGCAUAUUGUGUAGAUUUUUUAAAACCAGCAACACAAUAAUUUAGCUCUGCUAGUGUGAGCUAUUAAAAUACAGUGCUAUUUCUCAAGAACAUCAGUGACUGUCAAAGCUAUCUAACUUAACUUGAAUUAAAUGCAAAACUGUUGACAAUGUUGUUUGGAAAGUUUCAAUUGCAAAGAACAAAUUACAGACAUACAGUACCUCAAAUAAUGAAAUGUUUUUGUCAAAGUUAAAAUGCCUUUUCCGAAUCUAAA